GAUUUGAGAACCUGCUCUCACCGCCACGAGAUCCUCGCGGCCGCGGUUGAAACUGACCAAGGCGGCCCAGUUCCUGUUACGCUAUUCCACUGGUAUCCUCCAACGGUCUGCGCAAAGAUGACAACUUUCAUGUCGCCAGAAGUUCUAUCCGCGAUUAGAGGCUUCAAAUCCUUGGGUACUUUCUUUUUGGCAAACGACCUUGACCUCUCAAAAAUGCUCUCUGAUUACCUAGCGGCAACCGCGACGCCCCCCAAUCCAGAACCCGCACCCGAAUUACUUACGGAUCUGAUAGGGCAGCUUGCCAUGCCCAGUCGAGGAGACUUUGUACGAUUCUUCUCCUUUCCUGUAUUCAGCAACAGCCCAACACAGGUCUUCCUAGAUGGCCUCCUCCCUGUGUGGAAGUGGGUUAAGCAAGAUAGUAUCUAUCGCAGGGGUGGGUUUUGGGAGGCGAAACUAGACAAAGCUAUAGAAGAUGGAGAAUGGACCGGCGGGAAACAACUGGACUUGUUGGUACGAGGAGUGAUGGAACAAACAUUGCAGAAAAUAACAGCCGGGGGCUGUAAGUACACGAGUUUUAAUCGUAUACCGGAGGACUAA